CUCACUGUUUAUACAUUUUUUUUUUAAAGGACGUCGUCUUGUGACGCUGUCACCACUGCAGCUUUCAGUUUCAUUGUGCACGUUUGCCCAGUUAAAGUCAACCUGAUGACUCAUCGGCCACACACACAAUGACGCUCGCUGUAUGAACAAGUCAACCUGAAGGGGUUUUCUCCGUCUGACGUCCGCGGAAAAACCCACGCGUCGUAUUCACCGUUGUGAGCAGAAAAGAAAAGACCCCUUUCUGCAACGUGUCUUCCGUAAACGUGUGACGUCACAAGUAAACAUGCGCAGUCGUGAGCCGGAGCAGCUUUGUUAUGUAGCUUACCUGCUGCUAGUAACUAGCAACUUCUGCAUUGCCCGGCUUUACCUGAGGCAGCGAUGGACACGGACGCGUUAUUGGAAGCUUUUCAAGAUUUUGAGAAGAAAGUGAAAAGGGAUACAAGUCCCGUACUGGAGCAAUUCUUAUGUCAUGUUGCCAAGACGGGAGAAGCAACGAUCCCGUGGUCACAAUUCAAAUCGUACUUCAUGUUUAAGCUGGAGAAUGUCAUCGAUGACUUUCACUCAUCGAUGCCUGAGCAGAGAGGGCCGCACAAUCCCAACGUGGAGCACGUUCCUUUCGAGGAGAUGAAGCAGAGGAUAUUAAAGAUAGUUGACAGUUACAACGGAAUCCCAUUCACCAUCCAGCGUCUGUGUGAGCUGCUCACUGACCCCAAGCGUAACUACACGGGGACAGACAAGUUUCUCAGGGGUAUAGAAAAGAAUGUAAUGGUGGUCAGCUGUGUGUACCCCACAUCAGAGAAAAAUGGAACAUCCAGUUCAAACAGAAUGAAUGGAGUGAUGUUUCCAAGCACCUCUUCUGUAAACUCGGACAGUCGAAAUGUAAACGGACCCGGUUUGCCAAAACAGCUCAACAGGCCAAAGCUCUCAUUGUUGCCAUCGCUCUCCACCAAUGGCCUCCCUGAGUGUGCACUCAGCAAGGAACCAGAACCCACUGCAGAGGAGGACUCCUGCGUCAGCACCGACCCUUCACCCUCAGGAGGGGAAAUCGCUCAGAGCCGGACAAAGAAUAAACACUCUGAUGAGGAGAAUUCUGUGGCUGAGAAGCACAAUAGCAAGAGGCUAAAAGUCAAUGAAAAGCAGGAGGACGACGACACCGCAUGUGAAAACCAGGAAUCCUCUUGUAAAGGAACGCAGAGCUCGGCAGCGAAGGGUGAAUCUUUGGAAGACUCUUGCUAUCGAGAGUACAAGAAUGAAGCAUCUUGUCACACAAAGUCCAUUCUAGAUGAUCCAGGGCCCAGUAGCCCACGGACAGAACCACGUGAAAAGGGGGCGGCUGAGAAGGAGGAGGCCCGCUGCAACAUCACCGUUCAUCCAUCAGAGCCACCAUUAAAAGAGCACAAGACUGGGGACAGCAGCAGCUGCGUCGGAGACUGCCUCCCGAGCGUCAACCUGGUGCUCUCCUCGUCUGUGAAUUCACCCAACCGGUCAACAGGGGGCGACGCAGACGAUUCAAACUGCGCAAAGACUGAAAUCAAACCCGGGGAAAGUGACUAAGGGCCUUCUGACGCAAUUGACUCUUUAACCGAUAAGACACCGCACCAAAAGUACACUGUAUCACUGUGGAACUCUCGGCAGAAGGAUCAGGAGCGGUGCGGACCUGGAGGUUCCUCACAUAAGGGACUUGGACGAAGAAAGCCAAUCACGGAGCUUUUUCACCGUUGACUGUUUUUUUUUUUUUCUACACCCGUGGCCACCAUGUUAAUAUCUGACCUUUCUAAUGUACUCCACAAUGUGCAGCUGUGUUCAUGAACAUUAUUAUUGGCAUGGAUUUCCCAAAAAUACUUCGGUAGCUUGAGUUGUUUUAUCAUAAGCAUAUUUUUGACGUGAGGAAUGUCACCCUACAGGUGAAAAAAAACAUCUGGCUCAUCUUUAAUGAACUUUUUAAAUCAUUUUUUGUUUUCGAUUAACAUUGCGCUUAUUAGCACUAGUUGCUUGAAGUAUAUUAACAGUUAAAUUGACUUCAAUAUUCAUUUUAUCAAAACAUUGUGUUAAAGACUCCUAUACAGUUUUCCCCUCUGAUACCAUAGUUGUACCCAUGCCUCAUUUUUGAUAACUCGAUUUUUAUAGCACAGUACAGUACACCAGAUUUAGACACUUAUGUGUGUUCAUGUCGCAAAUAAAAAAAAAAAAAAAAACAAUCUAGCCUUUGGGUAAGAGGAAAGCAAGUUGGUAAAUAUUCGUGAUCACAUUUGUGUGUAAUGGACAAUGGUGAACAUCAGAACUGCUGGCCAAGGAUUUUAGUCUGGAUUAAAGUUUGAUUCCCAAGAUA